AUGAUGGAGUCUCGAGGUGGACCCUCGAGUAUCAAGUUCUCAGACUUAGUCCCUACCCUUGAGGGUGAGACUAACUGGGAAGCAUGGAAGCAGUGUAUGGAGAUUGGUCUCAAUGGAAUUGACCUUACAUACUGGCCCCUUCUCAUUGGACAAAACGAACGUCCUUCAAAUCUUCCAGGCAUGGAAGAGGCUGCGGACAAUGAGUUUUUCGAUGAUUCAGUAACUGAAAUCAUUGAUGAUGACACUCCCACUUCCGCUCCUACUGCUACUUCCGCUGCUACUAUCACGCAGCCUGCUGCAAAAAAGGCGGACAUCACCAAGCGAAAGAAACUCCAGCAAGCAUGGGACCAGAAGAAUGCGAUCGUUCUUUCAUACCUCGCAUUGUCACUCGACGCCACAAUGAAAGUUUACAUUCGCCGCGGUAACACUGCCGCACAAGUCUACGAAGAACUACGCUCUCUUUGUGAGGCAAAGACGUUCUUCACGGUUGGCAAUAAGGUCACCGAGUGGGCUACAUGGAAAUACAAACCAGGCAUUAAACCAGAGGAGUUUGUCACGAAAUGGCGUCACCUGCUCACUGAAAUGCAAGAAGCUUUCCCAGUUAAGCAGCGCGUUUCACCUCUCUAUGCAAUUUACAUGUUUCUUCACGCCGUCAGCAACAAUACGGCAUGCCAGCAUUGGCUAAACACAGUCUCAAUUCGUGAAGACUGGUCCUACGACAAAAACCUUCACAACAUCUUUGGCGACUUCAUUGCCUCUGAAGGACGACGAAUCGGAAAUGAUCUUCAGCUCCAACAGCAAGCUUCUUCUAAUGUUGCGUCUGUUGAUGAAAAGAAAAAGAAGAAGAAGGAGAAGUCCAAUGACAAAGACGACAGGGUGAACAAGAGGCAGAAAACCCAGUACUGUCCUUUUCAUAAGCGAGAGACGCAACAUAAGGCCAAAGACUGCUUCUUGAAUCCAAAGAGAAAGGCUGAAUCCGCCAAUAAUGCUGAACCUCAGCCACCUGUCGCAGCGUCGGCUUCUAUGGAAAACCUAUGGUGUUCAGCUACAGGCAUUGCUUCGAUGGAUUCAAACAUUGUUUCUGAUAAAGAGCAUGCUCCAGACCCUAACAAAUGGAUGCUGGACUCCGGAUGCUCUGCACACAUGACUCCACACCGCACUGUUUUCAACAAAUACACUCCGCACAGGAUGCCCAUUCAUUCCGCCACUGGACAAGUAUUCUAUGCUGAAGGCUAUGGUGAGGUCGUUCUUGAUCUUGCAGAAUUUGAUAGAGAUCAAUCACCAGUGCAUGAUGCACAUGGGCGUACCCGCAUGGGGGGUAUGGUGCUAAAAAAGGUGUGGCAUGCACCAAAGCUUACACACAGUCUUAUAUCCAUGAAACAGCUUGCUGCCACAGGCGCAGUAACUACCUUUUACAAGGAUCAUGCAGAUAUCAAGGAUCUGUCAACUGGUGUGACCAAAGCUUAUGCCACAGUGCAAAGCAACCAGUACUGGCUUCAUACGUACUAUGGAAGCAUUGCCCAACUAUGCCAUUUUAUGCGGGUCGAUUCCAUCACGCGUUCAUCUGGCUCUCCUCAGGCUCUCGACAUGCUGUCUCCGGAAGACAGAGACCUUUACACGGCUGCUGCUCAGUCAAAAGAUAUUGCUGCUAUCUCCAUGGAUCUGGCUCAUCGCCGUGCUUGCCAUGCAGGGGAGGCCCGUGUUAAGAAAACCCAGGACCAUGUGGAAGGUUUGAACAUUAAGAAGUCAAGUGUUCUUACCCGGCCUUGCGCGCCAUGCGUACAAGGCAAAGGUCAUGCUUUACCUUUCGGGAAGAACAAAUCCAUCCGCACGAAACCAGGUGAUUUAAUCCAUAUUGACAUCUGGGGGCCAUGCAGUAUUGCUUCCUACGGAGGCUACAACUACUACGUCACAUUGACGGACGAUGCAUCUCGCUUUUGCUGGAUGUUUCUAUUGAAACACAAAUCGGAGCUGUUGCAUAACUUCAUACAAGUUGAACAAAGGCUUAAAACCCAACUUGAUAUGACCAUAAAAAGAGUGGCUGGCGACAAUGCUGGCGAACAUGAACCCCUUCGCGACUAUCUGAUUUCUAAAGGAAAAGUCUGGGAUCCUGUCCCACCAUACUGUCCUCGUUUGAACGGUAUUCCCGAAGUCCAAAACAAGCAUCUUGUGGAACCGCUUGUUUCAAUCAUGUCAGAACACGAGAUACCCAAGUAUUAUGGGGUCCAAUCGUCCAGGGUGUCAACUACACUCAAAAUCGCAUUUAUCAUUCAAAGGUCGAGUGCACUCCCUUCGAAAAGCUCCACGGGUAUCAGCCUGAUAUUUCGCACCUUCGUGCACUAG